GGAGAAUUGCAGAGGCUCUGCUCUGCUGUCCUGUCCAAGAGAGCUGGAGGUAGUGCUACUACAUGGAGGGUGGUGGCAGUGACUGGACCCCAGAACCGAGGGCUCAAAAGCAGGAGGGGAGGGAGUUAGGCCAAAUGUUGGAAGAAUGGUCCCAGGCACUCUGAAGGAUCAAGAUUAGGUCUGGGGAAAUGCGUGCCCAGAGAGGAAGGAGGGAUACAGGCUGGGGAUCCCUGACCCCACCACAUUGACCCCCCACUUCUUCACUCAGACUGCAGCUGCCACUUGAGCCAUGGCUGGGCUGGCCCUGCAUCUUGUCCUGGUGGCCACCCUCCUUGGUCUGGCAGUCUCUCUGCAAUGGAGGGCAGCCUCCAACCUGAACCUUAUCGAGAAGUGUAUGGUGGACCAUGAUUAUGAGCAGCUACUGAAUGUGGUGACCUUGGGCCUCAAUCGAACUUCGAAACCCCAGAAGGUGGUAGUGGUUGGUGCGGGCGUGGCUGGGCUGGUAGCGGCCAAGGUGCUCAGUGAUGCAGGACACAAGGUCACCAUCCUGGAGGCAAGUAACAGGAUUGGGGGCCGUAUCUUCACUUUCCGGGAUGAGAAGACAGGCUGGAUAGGGGAGCUCGGGGCCAUGCGAAUGCCCAGCUCCCACAGGAUCUUGCACCAGCUCUGCAGGAGCCUGGGCCUCAACCUGACUCAGUUCACACAGUAUGAUGAGAACGCAUGGACAGAGGUGAAUGGUGUGAAGCUGCGAAACUAUGUGGUGGAGAAGAUGCCAGAGAAGCUGGGCUACGACCUGAACCACAGAGAAAGGGGCCAUUCCCCGGAGGACAUCUACCAGAUGGCACUCAACAAGGCCAUCAAAGACGUCAAGGUCUUGGGCUGCAAGAAAGCCAUGAAUAUGUUCAGCGAGCAUACGCUCCUGGAAUACCUCCUCAAGGAGGGCAACCUGUCCCAGCCGGCCGUGCAGCUCCUGGGAGAUGUGAUGUCCAAGGAAGGCUUUUUCUACCUCAGCCUUGCAGAAGCAUUUCGCGCGCACGCCUGCCUGAGUGACCGACUCCGGUACAGCCGCAUCGUGGGUGGCUGGGACCUGCUUCCGCGAGCGCUCCUGAGCUCGCUGUCAGGGACGGUGCUGCUGAAUGCGCCAGUGGUGUCGAUCUCUCAGGGGAGGCACGAGGUGCAUGUGCACUUCACCACCUCACUACAGUCUCACAGCUUGGAGGUGAUGACCGCAGACGUGGUGCUGCUGACUGCCAGUGGGCCUGCUCUGCAGCGCAUCUCCUUCUCGCCGCCUCUGACUCGCAAGAGGCAGGAGGCACUGCGCGCACUUCACUACGUGGCAGCCAGCAAGGUUUUUCUGAGUUUCCAUCGGCCUUUCUGGCACGAGGAGCACAUCAUGGGCGGCCACUCCAACACUGACCGCCCAUCGCGCCUCAUAUUCUAUCCGGCACCGGGCGAGGGCUCACUGCUUCUGGCCUCCUAUACGUGGUCGGACGCUGCAGCCCCCUUCGCUGGACUGAGCACCGAACAGACCCUGCAUUUGGUGCUCAAGGACCUGGAGGCCCUCCACGGGCCUGUGGUGUACCGGCUGUGGGACGGCAGGGGUGUGGUCAAGCGCUGGGCGGAGGACCCAUAUAGCCAGGGAGGCUUCGUGGUGCAGCCGCCAUUGUUUGGGCAAGGGACCGAGGACUAUGACUGGUCAGUCCCCUAUGGCCGCAUUUACUUCGCAGGCGAGCAUACAGCUCUCCCGCAUGGCUGGGUAGAGACUGCUGUCAAGUCUGGGUUGCGGGCCGCGCUGAGGAUCAAUAGUAACUAUGGGUAUGGGAUGGUCGACCUCGAGAUGCUGGAUCAUGCACUCGCAGAGGCCAGCUUUGCGGAGCAGUAUCUGGAAGGGGACCAGCCAGAGGAGCAGCAGGCACAGGAAGAAGUCAACCCCGACCGGCAGGAUCUCUCGCAGAAGCACUUGUUGGUGGAAACCGGCCCAGACGGGCAGCAACACGUGUUCGUAGAGAACAUACCUGAGCCGCUGGAACACGUGUUCAUGAAGACUAACCCCCAGGAGAAGGGGCACAAGCACCAGAUUAUAUAUCCCUCAGAGCACGGACAUGUGCAUGGGGAAGUCAUCCCCGAAGGGCCUGGGUAUGUACACAGGAAACACGGGCAUGUGGGAUCUGGCACUCAGCAGCAUAUGAACGGAGAGGUGGACCACUCGUAAUUGCAAAGGGGAAGUGGGCACCCAGCUCCUAACCCAGCCCUUUUCAGGGUAGACAGACCGCCUACAGUAAUAGCCCACAAUAAAGUUAUUUUUGUUAAA